AUGGACUGUCGUCGUUUUCAAACUCAGUUUCUCUUCCUCUGGAGAGCCUUUACUGCCACUUUGGCGUCUAUUGUCGGGUAUCGCAAGAUAUCUGAAAAAGAACGCCAGACAUGGGUCGUACUCUCAUGGAAGAAUCAUCGUUAUGACAUGAACUUUAAGGAAUUUCCGGGAGGCUUACAUGAAGCAACUGUUAAGGACCUGAAGGAAAAGUGCAAGAUGAUGACCAAUGUUCCCAUUGCCACCAUGCGCCUUCAAGUCUCAGGAGCCAAUAUCAAAGACAACACAUCAAGUUUGACUAGUGUGGGUAUCCAUGCAAAUGCAGUAGUUAUGCUCAAUGGUGAAGAAGCUAGUGAAGAGGAUGUUCAGCAGGUAGCUUCUGGUAAUGCUGAGGAGUAUGGUUUGAUUGUGCGCAUAUCAAGUGUUUUGGACAAGUUGGUAAAGGGCUCUGACGACCAAAUAAGUUCCUGGGAAGAGAAUGUUGCUACAGCUGCCACUGAAAAGCCUGAUGAGGAAGGCAUCAAGAAGCUUCACGACAUGGGUAACUACCUGUCCGAAAAACUUCUUCAGGCUCUUAUUACGCUCGAUGGGGUUGAAUGUCCUUCUGAAUUCGAUACCGCACGGCAACGUAGACGCGAAGGAGUGCGGUUGACACAACAGUAUCUAGAUCGCAUUGACAAGACUCGUCUCGCUAUUCGAGGGCUAUCCCAAUGA